AUGUUAAUUCGAUCUGUUACAUUUGCAGCUACAGCGGUUACAGCAUUCCUUGGUUUAGUUGAGGGGAAGCUAGUUCACGUGAACGACCGUAACUUUACUGAUGUUGUAAUCAAUUCUGGGAAACCAACACUCGUUGACUUUUACGCUGAUUGGUGUCGUCAUUGCGCCAAAUUGAUGCCUACAAUUGAGAAAGUGGCUGCUCUUUAUGAUGGAGAUGAUAGCAUUCAGUUUGUUAAGGUGAAUGGGGACAAGGACGGUAAGGUCGCCGCUAGGAAAUAUGUUGAUAUAGGAUAUCCCACCGUAAAGUUCUUCUUUGGAAAGAAAAUGGAUCCUGUGGAAUUUGAUGGAUCUCGUGAUGCAGAGUCGCUUAACAAUUUUGUUCAAUUGAUUCUUAAGACUAGAGUUAAAAAUAUUGAUAUUGUUGAUCCCAAGUUGUAUCAAUCAACUGCAACAAAGGUGGAUGAUGUAACAUUUGAUUCUCAUAUCAAUGGAUCGAAGGACAGCAUUGUAUUAUUUACUGAGAGUGGUUCAACUUCAGACUCUUUAUUCCAAGAUGUAUGGGAAAAAGUGAUUACCGCAUAUGCCAAUGAAAAUGAUGUUCAAUUUCUUUUGGUCAACAUUAAGGAUGAAAUGUCCAGUGGUAUUGUGGAUAGGUUUAAAGAUGUUAUAAGCUCAUAUGGAGAGCCAACAGUUUUGGUAUUUAAGAAGACCGAUACUGAAUCUCCCAAAGUAUAUUCAGGUAAGAAAAAGGAUGCAGCUUUCGUUAUAAAUUUCAUUAAUGGGUCAUUGCUGUUAUUUCGACUUCCCAACGGCAGACUCAGGAACAAAGCUGGAAGACUUUUAAAUUACGAACCAGUUAUCAAGAAAUUGAUUAUCAACGUCGACAAGGUUUCUGAAAAGGAAGCUUAUGAAAAAUUUGUCAAGGACUUAGCAGAUUCUCCUAUAGGAAGUCUGGAUGACUUGUCUAUGUUGGAAUACUACGAUAAGGUUAUUGCUGCCAUUCUAGAGGGGAGGAAAUCGCAUUAUGAGAACGAGUUGAAGAGAAUAAGUACCAUAUUAGACACUGAUGUGGCUCAUAUUAAUGCAAAGAGUUUAGAUUCUUUUGAGAAACGGUAUAAUAUAUUGAAAGCGAUCUUUGGGUAA